AUGUCGGAUGGAAAAGUUGCAGCCCCAUCAGACCUUCUAGGCCCUAGACCACGACAAGUCAACCUCGACGCAAAGGUUGAGAAAGUGGCCACAGCAUCUGCACUGCCGUUCAAUCCCAAUGAGCUCCGGAACAAGUACAAAGCCGAGCGGGACAAACGCCUUACGGCCAGCAUCCAUGGCAUUGACCAGUACAAAUACGUCGACGGCCAGUUUUCGCACAUGCUGAAGGAUCCAUGGGUAGAGCCAGGAUUCACACGAAAGUCGGUUGAAGAGAAGGUCGAUGUUGUGAUCAUAGGAGGUGGGUAUGGCGCUCAGUUGGUUGCUGUGAGAUUGAUCGAGGCUGGUAUCACCAACAUCCGCCUUAUCGAGAAGGCUGGAGGCUUCGGUGGGACCUGGUACUGGAACCGUUAUCCAGGGGCACAAUGCGACAUAGAGUCUUAUGUCUACAUGCCGCUACUGGAAGAGUUGAACUACAUUCCAACUGAGAAAUACGCCCAUGCCAAGGAACUCCUCGAACAUGCCGAUCGCAUUGGUCGCCACUGGGACCUCUACGAUCGAGCACUGUUCCAAACAGAGGUCUAUGAAGCAAGAUGGGAUGAGAAGACAUUGACUUGGGCAUGCAAGACUGAUCGUCAAGACACCAUUCGCUGUUCGUACCUGAUCCCAGCCGCUGGCCCCCUGCAUAGACCCAAGCUCCCAGGAGUGCCAGGUAUCACAUCAUUUCAAGGCCACACGAUGCAUUCUGCACGAUGGGACUACAACUUUUCUGGCGGUGGGAACCUCGGCAGCCUGGAGAAACUCAAGGACAAGCGUGUCGGAAUCAUCGGGACCGGUGCCACCGCUGUGCAAAUUGUGCCUCAUCUGGGCAAGAGUGCCAAGGAAGUCUUUGUUUUCCAGAGAACGCCUUCAUCGAUCGAUGUCAGAGGCAAUCACCCCACCGACCCAGAUUGGGCGGCAUCACUUCAACCUGGGUGGCAAAAGUAUCGCAUGGAUAAUUUCAACGGCAUCGUCAACGGCGUGAUCGUCGACGAAGACCUUGUUCAGGAUGGCUGGACUGACAUCUUGCAGAAGCUAAUUGCUAGAAUGCAGCCGGGCAUGGAUUUGGAGAAAAUCGAAGCCCAACGACAACUUGCCGACUUUGAGAAGAUGGAAGAGAUCCGGGCACGAUGCGACGCCGUUGUAAAGGACACGGUGACUGCUGCAAACCUCAAACCCUGGUAUAAUCAGCUUUGCAAGCGACCAUGUUUCCACGACGAGUAUCUACACACCUUCAACCUAACUUCUGUCCACCUCAUCCACACCGAUGGUAAGGGUGUAGACGCCAUCACACCGAAUGGCGUAGUGGCAAACGGGCAAGAGUAUGCUAUCGACUGCAUCAUCUAUGCAACUGGCUUCGAGCUUGCCACCGAAUGGACACACAAGACCGGCAUGGAGAUUUACGGCCGCAACACCACGAUUUCCGAGACAUGGAAGAACGGUGCUCGAACCUUGCACGGGUGGACUACUCGUGGCUUUCCCAACUGCUUCUUUGUGCAGGUCGUGCAAGCUGCAUUAUCGCCCAACUUCCUGCACGUUACGGCCGAGCAAGCGGAGCACAUCGCAUACGUCAUUUCAGAAACGAAGAACAGAGGCAUCAAGACGGUGGAGCCGACGGCCGAAGCAGAGGAGGACUGGGUGCAGACGAUAGUCAAGCUGUCGGAGCUGCGGCGACCGUUCUUUGAAGAGUGUACGCCAGGGUACUACAACAACGAAGGCAGCCCUAAACCUGGGGCGGCGCAGAACGCGAGCUACGGGGCAGGAGCCGUGAAGUUCCUGGAGUUGAUGCGAUCGUGGCGUAGUGACGGCAAGCUGAAGGGCUUAGAUCUGAGAGGGGGGAGGCAGGCCAAUCUCUAG